AUGGACGCGCCUAACAAGAUUGAGGAGCUUUCUCGAAACCUUCGAGCUGGUGUCCACGUGGAUACUCGGAGCAUCUAUGACGCCACCUUAGACCAUCCUCUCGACGACGAGGACAACCUGCUGGAGUUCGGACUCCUCAUGGCAGAUGCUGCUGAACUCCUCCGAACGGACCUUGUCGAGUACUUGCUCAACGCUGGAUGUGAAUUGGGCGUUCCAAUUUUUGAAGGGGCCAUUAACGGGGCCAUUGAUCAAAAAUCAACCGCUGUGUUCGAUCUUCUUCUGAAAUAUCACGAAAAAUGGGGUAUCAAUCAACCAUGCAUGCCAACUGGCCUGCCAAUUCUUGGCCAUGCUGUAACAGACUCGGACCUUACCGAUUGGUGCUUCAGCCAAGGGGCUGACCCCAACAUAAUGAACAACAAAGACUAUACACCUUUCUCUCUUGCUGUUGAGUACGCUCCGAUAGCGGUUAUUAACAAAUUUCUUGACAACGGUGGCGACGUUAAUCAGGGAUGGUUACUCCAUCACGCUGUAUUGAGAAAUAUACAAGAGGAGGGAGAGCAGGAUGUAGAUGUUAUCGAGCUUCUUUUCAACAAUUACCUCGAUUCGGGAUGUUUGGAUAUGGUCAUGUCCAGCCGCAACGAGCGGUUCAACGACCCUAGAUUCGGCUUCGGUACACCUCUCCACUAUGCCGCAAAGGAGAAAAAGGAGCGACUGGUGCGUUAUCUGCUCGAACUGGGUGCUAAGCCGACCGUCGUAGAUAGUUCUGGUCACGUGGCUGAGCAUUGGGCAAAUGGGCAUCGCGCGAUCGUUAGUCUCCUGCAGUCACAUGUCCCCACAAGGAAUGAUUCCGUCUACUCUACCUACACGGCGUGA